UUAUAAAAAGCCACAGAGCUCUGGCGGCGGCGGUGGCGAAGGGACAGCACUAAGCUCUGCCGCCUGGCUCUAGCCGCCUGCCCUGGCCCCCGCCCGGACUCUCGCCCACCCUCAGCCAUGGCUCCGAUAUCUCUCUCGUGGCUGCUCCACUUGGCCACCCUCUGCCAUCUGACUGUCCUGCUGGCUGGACAGCACCACGGCGUGACGAAAUGCAACAUCACGUGCAGCAAGAUGACAUCAAAGAUACCUGUGGCUUUGCUCAUCCACUAUCAACAGAACCAGGAAUCAUGCGGCAAACGUGCAAUCGUCUUGGAGACGAGACAGCACAGGCUGUUCUGUGCCGACCCGAAGGAACAAUGGGUCAAGGACGCGAUGCAGCAUCUGGACCGCCAGGCUGCUGCUCUGACUCGAACUGGCGGCACCUUCGAGAAGCAGAUCGGCCUGGUGAAGCCCAGGACCACCCUUGCUGCCCGGGGAAUGGAGGAGUCUGCGGUACCGGAGCCCGAAGCCACAGGCGAAAGCAGUAGCCUGAAGCCAACUCCUUCUUCCCGGGAGGCACAGAUGGCCCUGGGGACCUCCCCAGAGCAGUCGACCGGCGUGACUGGUUCCUCAGGGACCAGGCUCCCCCCGACGCCAAAGGCUCAGGAUGGAGGGCCUGUGGGCACGGAGCUUUUCCGAGUGCCUCCCGUCUCCACUGCCGCCGCGUGGCAGAGUUCUGCUCCCCACCAACCUGGGCCCAGCCUCUGGGCUGAGGGAAAGACCUCUGAGGCCCCGUCCACCCAGGACCCUUCCACCCAGGCCUCCUCCACCCAGGCCUUCUCCACCCAGGCCUCCACCACUUCCUCCCCAGCCCCAGAGAACACUCCGUCUGAAGGCCAGCCUGUGUGGGGUCAGGGACAGAGCCCCAGGCCAGAGAACUCUCUGGAGCGGGAGGAGAUGGGUCCCGUGCCAGCACACACAGAUGCCUUCCAGGACUGGGGGCCUGGCAGCAUGGCCCAUGUCUCUGUGGUCCCUGUCUCCUCGGAAGGAACCCCCAGCAGGGAGCCAGUGGUUUCAGGCAGCUGGACCCCUAAAGCUGAGGAACCCAUCCAUGCCACCAUGGACCCCCAGAGGCUGGGCGUCCUUAUCACUCCUGUCCCUGACGCCCAGGCUGCCACCCGGAGGCAGGCAGUGGGGCUGCUGGCCUUCCUUGGCCUCCUCUUCUGCCUGGGGGUGGCCAUGUUCGCCUACCAGAGCCUCCAGGGCUGCCCUCGAAAGAUGGCGGGAGAGAUGGUGGAGGGCCUCCGCUACAUCCCCCGGAGCUGUGGUAGUAACUCAUAUGUCCUGGUGCCCGUGUGAACUCCUCUGGCCUGUGUCUAGUUGUUUGAUUCAGACAGCUGCCUGGGAUCCCUCAUCCUCAUACCCACUCCCACCCAAGGGCCUGGACUGAGCUGGGAUGAUUGGAGCGGGGAGGUGGGAUCCUCCAGGUGCACAAGCUCCAAGCUCCCAGGCACACCCCAGGAGGCCAGCCUUGACCAUUCUCCACCUGCCAGGGACAGAGGGGACGGUCUCCCAACUCACCCCAGCCCCAAAACUCUCCUCUGCUGCUGGCUGGUUAGAGGUUCCCUUUGACGCCAUCCCAGCCCCAAUGAACAAUUAUUUAUGCCCAGCCCCCUCUGACCCACGCUACCCUGUGAGUACUACAGUCCUCCCAUCUCACACAUGAGCAUCAGGCCAGGCCCUCUGCCCACUCCCCGCAAUCUCAUUGUGUCUCUUGGUUCUGCUGCAGUUGCCAGUCACCCCGGCCACCUGCGGUGCUAUCUCCCCCAGCCCCGUCCUCUGUACAGAGCCCACGCCCCCACUAGUGACGUGUCUUUUCUUGCAUGAGGCUAGUGUGGUGUUUCCUGGCACUGCUCCCAGUGAGGCUCUGCCCUUGGUUAGGCAUUGUGGGAAGGGGAGAUAAGGAUAUCUGGUGGCUUUCUUCUUUGGUCUACACUGUGCUGAGUCUGAAGGCUGGGUUCUGAUUCUAGUUCUACCAUCAACCCCCCAAGGUACUCCCAUCUGUGAAAGGAAAGAGGGAGGUAAGGAAUAUCUGUCCCCCUGACAUCCCUCAUUGACCUGAGGCCCUUCUCUCCAGCCCCUGGAUGCAGCCUCACAGUCCUUAUGAGCAGAGCACUUUAGACAGUCCUUGCCAAUGGACUAGCUUGUCUUUGGACCCUGAGGCCCAGAGGGCCUGCGAGGGAGUGAGUUGAUAGCACAGAUCCUGCCCUGUGGGCCCCCAAAUGGAGGUGGGCAGAACAGAGUCCAUCCCUGAAGGCCCCGCCCAGGCUCAGUCACUGAGACACCCCGAGCUCUGCCUCCCCUCACCCCCUAAGAGGGAGGAGGGAGAGACACCUGUCUAAGACACCUGUCUAAGAAGCCCGGGAAAGGCUCUGGGAGCAGCCACACACCUGAUGCUUCUUCAGAGACUCCUGCAGGCAGCCAGGCCACAAGACCCUUGUGGUCCCACUCCCCACACGCCGGAUUCUUUCAUGAGGCCUGGGUUCCCCUCCCACCUCUCUCACUCCUUGAAAACACUGUUCUCUGCCCUCCAAGACCUUCUCCUUCAUCUUUGUCCCCAUCGCAGACAGGACCAGGGAUUUCCAUGAGGCCCCUGUUUGUUUCUGAAAGGGACGCUACCCGGGAAGGGGGCUGGGACAUGGGAAAGGGGAAGUUGCAGGCAUAAAGUCAGGGGUUCCCUUUUUUGGCUGCUGAAGGCUCGAGCAUGCCUGGAUGAGGCCACACCAGCCAGCCUGGCCCCUCAGGGUCCCUGGGGGCAGCUCACCUCUGCCUUGGAUUGUCCCCGAGGGUGACCCUUGCUCUACCUGAGGGGCCUCUUAUGGGCUGGGUUCUACCCAGGUGCCAGGAACACUCCUUCACAGAUGGGUGCUUGGAGGAAGGAAACCCAGCUCUGGUCCAUAGAGAGCAAGACGCUGUGCGGCCCGGCCCGCCCGGCCUUUGCACUCCCUUGCUGGGCGUGGCACAGUAUAUUCAGGAAGUUCAGGGCCUGUCUCAGGUGGGGUCACUCUGGCAGCUCAGAGAGGGUGAGAGUGGAACUGAUGCACUUUGUUCUGGCUCUUCCAGGCUGGGAGAGCCUUCCAGGGGUGGGGCACCCUGUGAUGGGGCCCUGCCUCCUUUGUGAGGAAGCUGCUGGGGCCAGCUGGUCCCCCUUCCAUGGACUUUGUUAGUUUCUCCAAGCAGGACAUGGACAAGGAUGAUCUAGGAAGACUUUGGAAAGAGUAGGUUGAUCCUUUUACUUUUCCAACCCUCAUCACCAAUGUCUGUGCCAUUUUGUAUUUUACUAAUAAAAUUUAAAAGUCUUGUGAAUCAA